AACAUCUCUGACUACAGCAGGAAGCGCUGUGAAGACUGACACAUUAAUUAAAAAUGGCGAGUAUUAAUCUCAGCAGACUUCUAGUUUUGUUAGCUGUGGCCCAGUAUGGAGGUGCAAGUGACAUUUUUCGGACACCCAGGCAAUCAGGUCCAGGUGGUAUAUUCACUAUAGGUAAUGGUGAGCAGUGCCUGGGGGCGGACAGGUCCACGGGCGGAGUCUGUUUGUCACGAAACCAAUGUAAUACCCAGGGAGGAAAAGCAAUCGGCUUCUGUGGAGUGUUCGCUACAUGUUGCUCUUUGAACGCUUGUGACGUGCGAACCAACACGAAGGUGGCCGUCUUCAUCAAUCCUCCUCUGAACAAGGAGUCCUCGGGCCUGGAGUGUUCAUACAACGUGGAAAUAAACAACAACAACGUGUGUCAGAUGAGAAUUGACUUCGAGACGUUUAACCUGGCGCCGCCCACCACAGUGGAGCCAGUAGAGAACGUGACUCAUCGUCCAGGUUACAUCUGCAAGAACGACAUUUUCCAAAUCACCAACCUGCAAGCAAACUCCGACCUGCUGCCUUCCCUGUGCGGUGACAACAACGGACAGCAUUUGUACGUGCGAGUGAACGCCACCACUAACUCCCGGUCCAUCCGCCUGAACUUCAAGCUAGCGGAUCGCGUCUCCCAACCGAACCUUCCUCAGGCCACGUGGAAGAUCAAGGUCACUCAGCUGGAGUGCUUUAACACCCUCGGUAAAUACCGCGAUGGUAUUUUGGACGCCAUUACAGCGUCACUUCCGGCGACGCCCUUCUCGUCAACCGCAGACAGGGACGAGUAUUUGAUCGCCCCGCCAGGCUGCCUGCAGUACUACCCUGACCGAGCUGGUUUCUUCGAGUCUUUUAACUACAACCGAGGAGCUGGGCCUUACAUCGCGAACCUAGCGUACGCCACCUGCUUCAAAAGGACCUCGGACGUUUGCGGCAUCAAACUGACGGCGGCCAGCUUUGACAUGGCGUAUCACGACGACUCCAACCUGUUCCUGGACACGGACUGUCAGAUGAACCCGGUGACCCAGGGCCUGACGCUGUCCGAGGACUACCUCUUCAUCCCGGAGGCGGAGACCGCUGAUGGUCUCCGAGGAUCCAAGUUCUGUGGUUCCAGCGCAUCUAAUCAGAUCAUCGCCUCGACACCGCCCGGACCUCUCUACGUGUACUUCCACAGCGACAACCUCGUCACCCAGGACAUCAACGAGUCAGGAUACAGGUUCACCUACAACGUCCUCAAUAACUGCUAUCUUAAUAAACGCAAUUAGCGCGCCAUCUUGGACCUGUCACUCGUGACAUGUCAUCAGUCUAACGUCAAAGUGACGUUUAUGUAUGUGAACUCCUUGUAACAGUUUUGUAAUGGCUAGACUGAUUUAGCGUAAAAAAUUUUAUACCAGCAAUGCAUUUAUAAAAUAAAUACUUACGUAUUUUAAGUUA